GAGGUGGGGUCAUAUCUGCGCAAUCCCAAUGGCGAACUGCCAGCGCGAGGGAUGCAUCGAGGGGCAAGUGUCCUGCCUCGUUGCUAGCAAGAUUUCACUCUGGGCCCCGAGCGGUGACAGACAUUCUCCCUCAAAACCUAUAUAUUUCCCCUCCGAUCCUUUGCUUCGUCCUCGGAACAUCCAUCAUACUCAAGACUCUUAUCAAACUCACCUGACUUUUCUUGACUGAUCGAAACACCUUACAUACCACACCAUCGGAUCUACUACUUCAAAUCAAGAUGUUUGGUUGGGACGAAAGCCGUGACGCUCACCAGCAAGUCUACAACGGGGAUGAUAGACAUGAAGCCAAAUUCUCCCAUGAACUCAUUGGUGGCGCAGCCGCCUUCGAGGGCAUGAAGCUCUACGAGGACCGUCAACGCAGAGAAGGCAAGACGGUCGACCAUGGCUUUGCCAAAGAACUCCUCGCCGGCUUCGUUGGAGCGGAAGUCGACAAGCUUGCCGAGACCAAGGGCUUGGACGAAUAUGACAAGAUCAGAGCCAGAGAACAUGCUAAGAAGAGUGCCGAGAACAUGUAUGACCGACACUAUGGUGACAUGGAUCAAUAUGACCCCAACCAACGCGACCAGCCAAACUUCAACUAUUGAAGGGACUACACCAAGAACGACGGUGAAAUCAGGCUGCGUUGACCACAUGGUGGGAUCUUUUCACAGGGGCCUCGAGAGAAUAUAACCAAGUCUUGCUGGCUCUACGGGGAGAUUUUGUCCAAGUGGAUAGCCAAUGAAUGAAAGCGAAUGAAUUUACCAUUCCCAAGACCUUUCCUUUCUCAGAGCAAAAUGGGUAUCCAAAUGUUACGUGAAUCGUCAGGAAUGGAUCGUGCAAGAUCCUUUUGUUCAUAGUUCAUCAUCCUCG